UCUUCCGGGAGCCCUGGGCAUGAACGGCUACGGCUCUCCCUACCUGUACAUGGGCGGCCCCGUGUCGCAGCCGCCGCGAGCGCCCCUGCAGCGCACGCCAAAGUGUGCGCGUUGCCGUAACCACGGCGUGCUGUCCUGGCUCAAGGGCCACAAGCGCUACUGCCGCUUCAAGGACUGCACCUGCGAGAAGUGCAUCCUGAUCAUCGAGCGGCAGCGGGUCAUGGCGGCACAGGUGGCGCUGCGCCGGCAGCAAGCCAACGAGAGCCUGGAGAGUCUCAUCCCCGACUCGCUGCGCGCUCUGCCCGGGCCCCCGCCGCCUGGAGAUGCCUCUGUCACCCCUCAGCCGCCGCCAGCCUCGCAGCCGUCUCAGCCUCAGCCACCACCGCCUCGCCCAGCCGUCGAGUUGGCUGCAGCCGCCGCGCUGCGCUGGGCCACUGAGCCCCAGCCCGGGGCGCUGCAGGCGCAGCUUGCCAAGCCAGAUUUGACUGAAGAACGACUUGGGGAUGUCAGUUCAGCAGACAAUGCAGAGGCUUUCAGUGACAAAGAUGCUGACCAGAGGAGCUCCCCGGAUGUGGGCAAAAGUAAGAGCUGCUUCACUCCUGAGAGCCCUGAGGUAGUGUCUGUGGAUGAAGGGGGGUAUGCGAUCCAGAAAAAUGGAGGCAACCCGGAGAGCCGUCCUGACAGCCCCAAGUUCCACACAGAGCAGAACCACCUCCUGAUCGAGGGCCCGUCGGGGACAGUUUCUCUUCCCUUCAGUUUGAAAGCUAACAGACCGCCCCUGGAAGUGCUGAAGAAAAUCUUCCCCAACCAGAAGCCCACGGUGCUUGAGCUCAUCCUGAAGGGCUGUGGGGGCGACCUGGUGAGUGCCGUGGAAGUCCUUCUGUCCAGCCGGUCAUCGGUGAGCACAGCUGAGCGAACUUCUGCAGAAGCAGAGAGCCUCGUGCUCCCCUCCAACGGGCACAUCUUUGAACACACCUUGAGCUCCUACCCCAUUUCCUCAUCCAAGUGGUCCGUGGGCUCAGCCUUCCGAGUCCCAGACACCUUGCGGUUCUCUGCCGACUCUAGUAAUGUUGUCCCCAGUCCCCUGGCCGUCCCUCUGCAGCACCCUUUCCCCCAGCCACCCCGGUACCCGCUGAUGCUGAGGAAUACUUUGGCGAGAAACCAGUCAAGCCCCUUUUUGCCCAACGAUGUCACCUUGUGGAACACCAUGACCCUGCAGCAGCAGUACCAGCUGAGGUCACAGUAUGUCAGUCCCUUCCCCAGUAACUCCACCAGUGUCUUCAGGAGCUCGCCUGUCCUCCCCACCCGCACCACGGAAGACCCUCGGAUCUCCAUCCCUGAGGAUGGGUGUCCCAUUGUGACAAAGCAGUCCAUUUACACUGAGGAUGACUAUGAUGAGAGGUCUGACUCCUCGGACUCUCGAAUACUCAACACAUCAUCUUAAAGUGAUACUGGAUGGGCCGUGACUAGGUGACACUUUCUGGGCAUUUGAACCCUGGGAACACCCCAGGACAGGCCACUUCUACUGUAUACUCUUUCCUUCUAUUUGACAAAGUGACUGUGCUUGAUGUUCUAUACAUUAGCAAUAAAAACAUAACUUAUUUAAUUUCUUGCACUUCACUGGAAAAUGCCAAAUAGCUCUACUCUGUGGCUUUCGUGCUGAUUGCUUAUUGUAUAGAGAGUCUCAUGCUAUGAAUAGUCUUGGGAAGGCGGGGUCCCUGGAGAGUUAGCUGGGAAGGGAAAGCUGAAGGUCAGCCUUGCCCCUAAACUCAACCUGGAAUGUUAAAUCAAAUAAUAUACUUGAAUGCAGUUUUGUAAAGAGAGGAUUCCUCAGGAUAUGUGAAACCGAAAGGAAGUGGUUUGGUUGCUGAUGAACUCUAAACAGGGACAUUGUAUUCUUACUCUAAAAAGUUCCGUCUUGCAUUUUAAAGAGAGACUGCACUUCAGAAUAGCGAACUGCUCAGAUGCUGCGUAAGCUUGGACAGUUUUCAGAGACAAACUCCAUUCAGAGUUAUUCUUUUCACAUGGCUGAAUCGAAACAUGUGUAAUGUCAAUGUAAAACCAAUCACAGCUGUGAACUGCAUGAAAUGUAUUGUGAAAUGAACACAAGAUUAAGCUGUCAGGUUAAUGUAGCAUGCUAAGGACUCUAGAAAAAAAAUAAACUAAGGAGAUGA